GGUCUCACUAUUGAACCGAACGCUGGUCGAAAACAUAAACUCGUCUCCGGUAACCAAAAUGGUUUCCAUGACUACUCCUUCUUCUUCAUACACACCAUUCUCUACAGUCUUCAACACUUCCAGACCUAAUUCAUCUGCAACCUUUCUCGUCCCUUCCUUCAAAUUCUCCACCGGAAUAUCGAAUUUCGCGAAUCUGAGUAAUGGGUUUUCUCUAAAAUCUCCGAUUAAUCCUGGGUUUCUCUUCAAGUCCCGUCCUUUCACUGUUCAAGCUAGAGCUGCUGCAGAAAAGACCGUUCACGACUUCACCGUUAAGGACAUUGAUGGGAAAGAUGUUGCUUUGAACAAGUUUAAGGGGAAAGUUAUGUUGAUUGUCAAUGUUGCUUCAAGAUGUGGUUUGACAUCGUCAAAUUACUCAGAGCUUUCACAUCUGUACGAGAAAUACAAAAGCCAAGGAUUUGAGAUUCUAGCUUUUCCCUGCAAUCAGUUUGGUUUCCAAGAGCCCGGGUCAAACUCAGAGAUCAAACAAUUUGCUUGCACCCGGUUUAAAGCAGAGUUCCCUAUAUUUGAUAAGGUUGACGUAAAUGGACCAAGCACAGCGCCCAUCUACGAAUUCUUGAAAUCAAACGCAGGAGGAUUCUUGGGUGGUCUCAUUAAAUGGAACUUUGAAAAGUUUUUGAUCGAUAAAAAGGGAAAGGUCGUUGAGAGGUACCCUCCCACCACAUCCCCUUUCCAAAUCGAGAAAGACAUCCAGAAGUUGCUUGCCGCUUAAAAACUUUUGCUCAUGAGAGCAUAUAGAGACUGAUGGUAAAAAUAACCGGAAAUUGUGACA